AUGGAGAGGGAUGAUGGAGACUCCAUGAAAGAGAAUGAUGAGAAAACGACUAAAGUGCCGAGCCCAGAUUCCAUUCACUCGCAGCAGCCACUUGUCGAUCAGGGAACGACGAUGUUGGAUGAGGUUUUCGCCGACGGCAGCGGCCGGGACAAAAGGCGGCAACAGUUCAAGAUGCUCAUGCUGACAGGUUUGCCCAUUCUGGCCCUUGUGGCUAUAUCGCUAUAUUCCCUCCAGGAAAGCGUCCAGGCGCGGAUUGAUUUGGUUGAGGCUCGUCAGACCGUCUAUUUCACGGUGCAGGUCGGCUGGCUGAUCCACUUGCUACAGAGAGAGAGGGACAUGUCCGUGGUCUACCUGACCAGCACAGCAGGCGAGGAUACAAAGAAUCUCCUCUCCGAACUCUGGGUGAGCACAGACUCCGAGUUGGUCGGGCUACCUGACUGGCCUGUCAACGUUGAUCAUCAGAAGCGGCAGGAGUUCGAAAACAAGGCGUCGUUCAAGGCUCAUUUGGAUCAUCACAGGGAAAUGCUGCGGGUCAACUCGGCCUCCCUUCAUGACGAGAUCUUGUUCUAUACGUCGCCGAUGAGGAUCUUCAUGAAAUGGCUGACGGACUCGUUGAAGAAGUCGGAACACGGGACCUUAUGGAAGACGCUCAUUGCCUACCAGAAGUUGAUCUCAUGUAAGAUAGAAGCCGGGAUAGAACGUGCGUUGGGAGAGCUGUUCUUCAGCUCUGCUGGAUUUCAAAGUCGCUCUGAUUUUCUUUGGUACAACAAGGAGUAUAAUGCAUACAAGGCCUACUUCCAGUUGGCACAGCAUUAUUCGUCGCUUGUGACACCUGUGGUGAAUACGCGCACUAACACGACGUCUGGUCAAAACGUGGUGGAAAGCAUUACCGAAAUGAGGAACAUCAUACUCCGUCAGCAAAUCCACAACACAACGCUCAACAAAGGAAAAUGGUGGUUCAGUAACAUGACCGAGUUCCAGCAGGUUCUGCUGACCAUCCAGAGUGAUUUGGCCAACCUCAUCUUCAACCAGAUCAACGAAUACAUCUCAGAGACCGACACGAAUGUCGCUAUCAGUUGCGUCAUGAUGGCCCUCGCCAUCUUCAUGUUCCCUCUGUUGCUGCGUUCCGUCCUGCGGAUGACUGCGGACAUCGAACGCUAUGCCAUGGUCCUCGCGGACAAGACUAAGGACCUGAACCAUGAGAAGAGACGAACUGAUGACCUCCUCCACCAAAUGCUCCCGAAGGCGGUGGCGGAGCGACUGAAAAACAUGGAGAACUUCAACGCGGAAUAUUACAAAGAGGUGACCAUCUUGUUCUCGGGGAUAGUGGGCUUCAAUCGGAUUUCUGCCGAGUUGGAGCCGAUCCAGAUUGUGACGUUGCUCGGAUCCUUAUUUCGAACGCUUGAUGAGAAGAUAGAGGGCCAUGAGGUGUAUAAGGUGGAAACUAUCGGUGAUACCUUACUCGUUGUAUCAGGUCUGCCAACUCGGAUCGGCCACAAACAUGCGGGCGAGAUUGCCAACCUGGCCCUGGACAUCCUGAAUGUCACUACUUCGGACAUUCCGGAAUCACCAAAUGGCAAGGUUCGACUGCGUCUUGGCAUUCAUUCAGGUCCGUGCAUGGCCGGAGUGGUCGGGCUUAAGCUGCCAAGAUACUGCUUGUUCGGUGAUACCGUAAACACUGCUUCGCGGAUGGAAUCAACUGGCUUGCCAAAUCGCAUCCACAUCAGUGACAGCACCAACAAGUUACUGGUUACUCUAGGCGGGUACCGCACUCAGGACCGCGGCAAGAUACAGGUUAAGGGCAAAGGUUUGGUGAAGACAAGUUGGUUGGUCAAACGACUUUCUCGCGGCCACGGAUCAGAGAAGACCACUGUGAUGAAUGCCGUACCGGGUGGUGACGUCCAUGGAGCAGGCAGCGAGAGCGACGACGAAAAAGCGCACAGUGCCUGGGGGAUCGAGGGUCUACCCGACCCGAGACCGAUGCUGAGCGAACCCAUCAUAUCCAUUGCUGAUGUGGAGAAGAUGUUCCAUUCAAAUGAGACACAGUACCCGCUGAUCGUGCAGCUGCAUGAAGGCUUUCAUUUCUAG